GUGGUUGGUCCGAAAAAGCAGAGCGCCAAACGGCGUAGCCGUCUCUAAAUCACUAAUCAACGUAUUCGUGAAUCAUAAGCUAUCGAUCCCAAAAGCCAUCUGAAUUAAGUAGCGAGCCAUGGGAAGAAAGUUGGUACAAAUUUUGGUGGUGUUUGGCGUGAUACCAAUCGUUAUCUCUGAGGUCUACACAGCUCUGACUCACAUGAAAGGAUUGAUUCGCAUGGAAAAAACUUUAACUAGGGAAUUAGAACAUUUUUUAGCAAGUCAUCCUAAAGCGCCUGCAGAAUUUCAUCGCCUGGCAAUCGAGGUCAAGACUCAGACAUCUGAUAUCAAGAACGACUUAGAAAGGUUUCUUGGACACCCUUUAAAUGCUUUCUUACUUAUUAGAAGGUACAGGAAACAAUGGAAAGAACUUGAAGAAUAUCUCAGAAAAAAUGACGACGAAUCGGAUUUGUUUCAGAUACUUGAAGCCUUUUCAACUGGAUUUCCCACCGAUGAAGAUGUUCUGGGCUGCGUCAGGGCAAUUAUGCGCAUUCAAGAAGUUUACCGAAUAAGCGCAAAACAAAUAGCUGAUGGUAAACUAUCGAACAAAACUGUCACACCACAACUGAAUGCUGAACACUGCUUCGAGAUCGGCUUUGCUUAUUACCAAUGGGAGAAUUAUGCACAGGCGUAUGGAUGGUUAAUAGAAGGAAUGACAAGACUCGAGAAGCCUUUUGAAUAUAAUGGGCCACUACGACGAGUACAAGUACUGGAGUUUCUGUCAUGGACUGAAUACAUGACUGAUCGCCUCAUAGAUGCCUUAAAACACGCUUUAGAAUUACUCCAGUUAGAUCCGGAAAAUGACUAUGCCGGUAGGAAUAUCGAGUUUCUAACGAAUGAAGUGCAAAAAGCAAACGAAAAAGGCGGGCCGUACGUACGACAGGAAGCCUUCUUCAAAAAACCUCGAAAAAAGAAAGAAGAAUACAUGAAGGUCUAUGAACGCCUGUGCAGGGGAAUAUCCCUAAAGUCGCAAGCUCAACUGGGAAGGUUAAAGUGUUACUAUGAAACUAAGCUUCAUCCUAUGUUGAAACUACGGCCCCUAAAAGUCGAGAUGAUCAACGAAGAUCCUUACAUAGUGAUGCUAAGAGACGUGAUGUACGAUCACGAAAUUGAAUACAUCAAAAAAACAGCUGCUCCUUUGCUUAACAGGGCCACAGUCACCAACUCCGAAACAGGGGACCUUGAGUUCGCAGACUACAGAGUAAGCAAAAGCGGCUGGUUGGAAGAUUUUACUCAUGAUAAUGAUGAGGGUAUUUUAAAAAGAAUUAACAGAAGAACCUCUAUAAUAACUGGUCUAAAAACAGACAAUACUUCAGCCGAGGCUCUUCAGAUCGUAAAUUACGGCACUGCUGGACACUACGAGCCUCACUUUGAUCAUGCAACAGAGCCGUACAGCGCUAUUAUGCGGUUAGGGAUGGGCAACAGAAUAGCGACAUUAUUGUUUUAUAUGAGCGACGUUGAGUCUGGAGGAUCCACUGUUUUUAUUGAGACAGAAGCCAUUGCUCGUCCAUCUAAGGGUGAUGCUGUGUUCUGGUAUAACUUGCGCAAAUCAGGUGAAGGAGACUCGCUAACACAACACGCUGGUUGCCCUGUCGUUGUUGGUUCAAAGUGGGUUUGCAAUAAAUGGAUUCACGAGAUGGGUCAAGAAUUUCGAAGGCCGUGUGAUCUCACGAUAGAUGAAUGAUCAAAUUAUCUCAUUAAUCAAUAGAUUAAAAUAGAAACGAAAAUGAAAAUCUAGUUUUACAUAGGUAGAAUAAACAGAUAAACUUGAUUCAAUGUUCAGUUGAAUCAAGUUUAUUCUACAUACAAUGCUACUGACAUGAUAAGGCUGCGUUCAUAAUGUAUGGCGGGGGGGUGCAGGUGAAAUCUUUAAAUGACAAAAGAAAUCUUCAGACCCCCUUUGAAGUCCCCCCAAAAAACUAUACUCUCUCGUAGCUUCUUCUAAAAAAUUAGCAUCCUUCCCAAUUGUCUGAAAACAUUUUUCACACCCCCCCUCCCCCAUUUUACUGGUAAAAAAUUUUCCGGUCCCCCCUAAUUUCACCUGUCCCCCCUCUCUGCCAUACAUUAUGAACGCAGCCUAAACAGCUUUAAAUGUUAAUCUUGUCAUGUGAUGUAUUCAGUAUUCAGUAGACAGCCCUUCUGCAGAUAUUUUCUAAUUCGUUUGCUUAUUAUAUUAAUAGUAUUAUCAAUAGUAUUAUUGAUGUGCACGUUAAAUUAAUUUGACCCUUUCGGCUAAUGGACAAUUAAUAUACAAUCUUUAUACAACAAGUGUUGAAUAAAAAAUAAAUGAUAUACAAAGACGAAAA